AUGUGCAGCAAUCAAGAUUCAGAACCCCGGGAGGUUUGGGAUAGCAGCAAUGCAAUGUUUUCGAAGAGAAGGCUGGAUCGCAGUGAGGAAGAGGAUGGCCUGAAUGAACCUCAGAAGAGCAGGACUGGACUCGAAGUGAACUUCUCUGGCGACCUUCCAGAGCCACUGCAUCCAGAGCCAUUGGAAUCAGGCCUAGCGGCUUUCAGUGAGAGCAAUCAGAACAGAUCAGAAGAUUGCAUUGCGGUAAGCAACGAAAGUUUCAAGCAAUCGAGCUACAUCGCUACAGAACUGAGCAAUCGCCAUGGCGCUACGUCGACACUCAAUGCAAUCGGAUUGGGUCUCACCAACGACUCUUCACCUUCGUCUCCUUGUCGUAGCCAAAACAUGACUACCAAAGUAUCUGACGGGCUUGAACGUGGAUUCAUGAACCUUUCAUCCCCUAUGGCUGACUUUUUGAGGCCGGACAGCAGGUGCACUGAUCGCCCCUUCCCCCCUAGGCCUGUUGCACUAUCACUGUUUCCACCUCGAUCGCCAUUGACAGGAAAUCGCGAGUAUACCCCACCCAACAGCCCAUUUCUUCAGUCAGUCAGCCCGAUUUCGCCGUUGAACAAUGGGAGAGACGUUUAUGGCAAUUACAUCCCUUCGAACACACGUGAUUACUUCACUACACAGCUACUGUCUUUUUUGCCAAACUCUCAGCCAAUCAACAAGUACAAAGCUCCAUCUGUGAGCGAGAAGUCAUCAUCCACCAGUCGGCUAUAUGGCUGUCGCUGGGACAAGCUGAGAUCGCUUUGGAAAGUAGCUGAAACUCAAGUAUCCAACCCACGAACCAAUCCUUAUCCUCUGCAACUCAUCCCCGACGAAGACGUCAUACCACAGGACACACCCAUAAUCACGCGUGUAGGACGGCCUAGCAAUCAAGCUCCACCCAGUAUCCGUUCGUGGUUGCUUGAAAGUCAGUCUAGAACAGACUUGCAGGCGGUAGACAGUGUGAAAAGCAGACCCUCUACCUAUACUAGCAGAAGUGAUGCAAAGCACACUAACUCGCAAACGAGAACACAAAAAUUGGUCGACACAAGUUGCACUCCCGUUUACAAUAAUCACUCUAAUGCCAUUACAUGCAACGGCAAACUCGCUCCCAGAGAUGAGAAGAGAUGGCACAAAGACAAUCUUCCGCCACCACCUAAAUCUCUACCAGCGCCGCCUCCCAAAAGCGUUCAAGCUCAACAUCGAAAUGCCAACUUGUCUCUGUAUGCAGUAAUACAGAGCCGUGGAGUCAAAUCGCCUGUAUGUAACAAGAAGAAGGACUGUAAGCCCAACAACCGACCUAGAAAUGAAUAUCCCGGUGCUUGUCGAAAAGGUCAAAGUGAUCGAGAAAUUCGAUGUACAGAGAGGCAGCAGCGACCAGCUAGAGAAACAGGCCAUGAACUCAAGGAGAACCUCGUGUACCGAGAAGAGGCACACAAACAAAAACAUGAUCUGAUCACGGCCGGAUCUGAAGAUGGCACCACCAAGGCAGCGACAGUACGAGAUUUGGAGAGCCGCUUCGAGUUAGAGCUCAUAGUAGACUCGGGUCUACAGUCUCCCAAGAUUCCAGCCGCAUCAUCACGAUACUUGCCUCUUCAUAGCCCCAUUCCUGUUUCUCCUCGGCACCCGAAUGAACAGAUGCGCCAUACGGGAACAGUUGGCCAUGCCGCUGCUAUCCCAUCACCAAAACCUGUCGCGCCGGCCACUAUCCAAAAAUAUCAAACUUCGCUUCAUUCUGUGCUUUCGAAAGCAGGAAAAUUGUCACGCUCCGUCCUGAUUUCACCUUUUGAAACUGGUUCGAAAUCUGGUUCACAGCACCAUCGACUCGUAGACCUGGACAAGAAUGAGCCGACAAGAAUUGGUAUAAGUGCAGAUAGCAAUGGGUGGCCUCGCUCAUGUUCUUCGGGUCCAAGAAAUGAGAUGACAGGACGCAGCAGGGAGAGUAAAAAUGGAAUGAGAAAGAUUGAAGGCUUAUAUCCCGAGAGAUGCUUUGAGACAAAAGACUCUGGAAGAAAUGAGUACUUAAGUGCACCAGCAGUAAGCAAUGAUACUGGUGGGUCUCAAUCAGCUGUCUUUACAAAGCUACAGAAUGUACCUGCUCCCAGUGUCGAACUUGCCUCUACCUCCAACCUGACCGAUACGCCGGAUCGAUUCCAAGCAGGCCUCGCUACGCGGAACAAGGCCAACGGCGCUAUGCAUUCUAAUCAAACGAAUCAAGAAUGGCUUGAUAGCAUCGUUCUCAGAACCAGUACUACCACACAACCCACCCUCAACAGAAGCAGCGACUCUAAUGAUGAAAUUGAUCACCCGUCUCACCAUAUCCUGCCCCUGCCCAGCACUGAAGCCAGCAGCCUAGCAGUCCACUACCAAGCCCUUACCACCGGCGCCAUCAACCCUUUAUCCACCCCGACACUAUCUACCCACAACAAUUACGAAAGUCUCGACAGCGCCACACAAGAAGCUCUUCUCAUCGCUGACCGUAUCCGCCAAUACGAUGCAAGAUUUAGCGCUGAUGGAGAGGGAACCAUGAUCCGAUCGAGCUUCAGCUCUGAUACUUCAGAUGAGGCUACGCAGCAAGAUGAAGAGAAAGAGAAGCGGAAGCGGAAGAAGCAGAGUUUUUGGGAAUGGCAGGAUUUUGCUAGGGUUAUGGCGUUGAUGCAUUCGUAUGAGUAA